AUGCUCUGCGGAAUAUCGGGCGAGGCCCCCCAGGAGCCCGUCGUGUCCAAGAAGAGCGGCGUCAUCUACGAGAAGCGACUGAUUGACCAGUACAUCCACGAGCACGGCACGGAGCCCAACACGGGCGAGGCGCUGCAGCCCGAGGACCUCCUCCCCAUCACAUCCUCUCGCAUCGUGCGACCGCGGCCACCCACCCUGACGUCCAUCCCAGCCCUCCUGGCGACCUUUCAGAACGAGUGGGACGCGCUGGCCCUCGAGACCUACAACCUCAAGGAGCAGCUGGCGCGCACGCGCGAGGAGCUCGCGACCGCCCUCUACCAGCACGAUGCCGCCGUCCGCGUCAUCGCGAGGUUGACGAGGGAGAGAGACGAGGCCCGCGACGCACUAGGCAAGGUCACCGUCACAGGGGGCGCCAGCGGCAGCGGCAGCGGCGGCGACGCCAUGGCCGUGGACAGCGUCGAGGGCCUGCCAGAGACCUUUGCGGCACAGGUGGACCAGACACAGGCCAGCAAGUCGAAAGGUCGAUCCAAGCGACCGAUCCCCGAGGGCUGGGUCACCGGAGACGAGGUCAGCGCGUUUGCGCCCGCCGCCACCAAUGCCCUGCCCGUGGCGCAGGCGACUUCGCUCGACGUGGAUCAGAUGGUCGCUGCUCUGGGUGGACUGAAGGGUGCGUCUGCAACGUACUUGAUCGAGACGGACACGGUGGAGCACCAGAUGGCCGUCGACGAGCCCGUCACGGCGACCCUGGCGGCGUCCUCCAAGGUCGUGUUUGCGACCAGCCAGGGUUCCGUCAAGGUGUACCAGAACGGCGACCAGGUGAGCGAGGCCAGCGAGCACGCGGGUGCCGCCACCGGUCUGAGCCUGCAUCCCGGGGAGCAGAUCCUGGCCUCUGUUGGUUCGGACAAGAGCGUCGUGUUCUACGACUUUAACACCAUGGGACGCAUCAGCCGUGCGUACACGGAUUCCCCCCUCACCACCUGCGCAUUCCACCCCGACGGCCACCUGCUCGCGGCGGGCACCGUCUCGGGCAAGCUGAAGCUGUUCAUGACCAAGACGCUCGAGCUGGCGGCCGAGUUCGACAUUGGCGCGCCCGUGCAGGCCCUCACCUUCUCCGAGAACGGGUACUGGCUCGCUGGCAUCGCCAAGGGGCAGACCACGGUCACCAUCUUUGAUCUACGAAAGGAGGGCGACGCCAGGACGGCCAAGGUGCUCGAGACCGGGGGCUCCGUGCAGUCGCUGGCGUGGGACUACACUGGCCAGUUCCUGGCGACGGGUGGUCCUUCGGGGGUCACGGUGCAGCAGUACGUCAAGGCCAAAAAGGCGUGGGCUGAGCCCUUCCGGAGCUCCGUCAGUGCGGUUGCUGUGCGAUGGGGCCAGAGCGGGCAGAAGCUGGUGUCGGUCAAUGGCGAUGGUGUUGUAACUGUUUUCGGCGUCCAGGCAUAG